AUCAUGGUUUGUUUGGGGUUCAGUCAUGAGUCAAGUUACCUCUUACUGAAAUGCGGACGCAACAACCUUUGCUUUGCUUUGGCUGCAUCCCAGCAAACUGUUCAAAUUGCAUCUCACCAUGGCGUUAACGAGUUUAGAAGGUCUAUCAGACUCGCAGAAAGAAGACCUUGUGGCUUCUCUGUGCGGUCUUAUCGUUGGAAGUACCGAUGAAGUCAAUGCCGAAAAGCUGCAAGCGGUAGCAACUGCCAGCGGCAACAGCGUGAGCGCCCCAAUGGCGGCGCUGUUUGCCAAGGUGUUGACCAGUGCAGAGAAGGGGGUAGAAACAUAUACACCAACACCCGGCGGCGGUGGCGGCGGUGGUGGUGGCGGCGGAGGCGGCGGUGGUGGUGCAGCCGCAGAAGAAGAAAAGCCUGAAGAAGAAGAAGAGGAAGAAGCCGAUAUCGGUGGCGGUGACAUGUUCGGAGGCGGCGGCGACGGCGGUGACUAUUAGGCGUGUUCUGCCACGUUGGGAAAGGUUCAUCUUUUUACUUGAUGAGAGGACUCUUUGCGACAAACUGGCCCCGAUUGACUGGUCGACUUUUUUAAGUUAGCUCUUCAACGAACUCCCACACACCUAUCAACUUUCUUGGGUUGAUCAAAGGUGUUGUCUAAACCUAUCUAAAUCUUGCUUUCAUCCUG